UUUUAUUUUGAAAGGGGAAUGUCGUCACUGCGGACAUGUUUGUUGACGCGCUCUGUUGUCGACAUUUGACGGUAAUGUGGAAAAGAGCGAUGUCGUCGCAGAAUAUCGGUAAGGCUGUUCGGGAGGUGGUGGAGCGGGUGAACCAGGCAGUAGCGCGGCGGCCGAAGACACUACCAACUGUGCCGCCACGCCUCGUAGCUGUAAGCAAGACAAAACCCCCAGACAUGGUUGUGGAGGCCUAUAGACAAGGACAGCGCAACUUUGGAGAAAACUACGUUAAUGAACUUGUGGACAAAGCUACAGAUCCUCUGAUUUUAGAUUUGUGUCCCGAAAUCAAGUGGCACUUUAUUGGACAUCUCCAGAAAAAUAAUGUCAAUAAACUUUUGGGUGUGCCAAACCUGUUCCUCGUAGAGACUGUGGAUUCAGCAAAAUUAGCUGACAGAGUCAACACCUCAUGGCAGCGUCUCAGAGGAGCCAGCACGCAAAGGUUAAAGGUUAUGGUGCAGAUCAACACCAGUGGAGAACAGAGUAAAUAUGGCCUGCCACCCGAGGAAGCGGUGAACACCGUGAAACACAUCGUGUCCCAGUGCACUGCCCUGCAAUUCUCAGGACUCAUGACCAUCGGGCGCUAUGGCUACGACCUCACCCUGGGCCCCAAUCCUGACUUUCAGAUGCUCCUGAGUCAGAGGCAGGACGUGUGUGACACUCUGAAGCUGCCUGUGGAGGAGGUGGAGCUCAGCAUGGGCAUGUCCACGGACUUUGAACAUGCGAUCGAAGUGGGAGCGACCAACAUACGAGUGGGAAGUAUUAUAUUUGGCAACAGGGACUAUCCCAAUAGUGCAGCCAACACGCCAACGCCCAGUCCAGAGAAAACAUCCAGGGUGGUGUCAGAGGAGGCGGCCCAGAAGAUGCAGCACCUCACCGUGUCCGGGCGCUGAGUACUAACCCUCAAAUACUUUUUAAGGAACA